AUGGGCACCUUUCCUGGAUUUUUGUACCGACAGGUUACCUUCAAGCCUAAGCCGCUGCCUAAGAGCCUAAACCUCAGCGGCAAGACGGCUCUGGUCACGGGUGGAAAUGCUGGUCUCGGUUUUGAGGCUGCUAAAGAGUUGACUUCUCACGGAUUGUCUCGAAUUAUCCUGGGAGUUCGUACCGUAUCAAAGGGCGAAGAAGCAAAGAAGACUCUUCUCACGCUGAACCCUCAGAUCGACGUCCAAGUAUGGGCGAUCGACCAGGAGUCUUUCGAGAGCAUUAAGAACUUCGCCGACCAGGCGGCAAGUCUCGACAGGCUAGACAUCGUCAUCCUCAAUGCCGGUGUUAAGAGCAUGGAGCACGUCAAGUCGAAAACAGGCCAUGAGCUAAAUGUCCAGGUUAACCACUUGGGUACUGCUCUACUUUCCCUUCUCAUCCUCGGACCUCUCAAGAGGACGGCCGCGGCAACGGGUGAGCCGUCGCGCCUGACAAUCGUCAGCUCGGAGAACCACUUCUGGGUGAAGCUCAAGGAGAUCAAAGGUCCCGACACGCUAGCAACCAUGGACAAGCCGGAGACUUUUGGAAAGGGCAUGGAUCGCUACAACGCGACCAAGCUUCUAAACGUGCUAUGGAUGCGCGAGCUGAGCGCUAAGGCUGCGGAUUCCAACGUUAUCAUCGAUGCCGUGAACCCCGGCUUCUGCCAGAGCACCCUGCACCGCACGGAUUCUAGCGGAUCUUCCUUUGCCAACUUGAUCGGCUGGACUGCCGCGCAGGGCGGACACUGCCUGACUGACGCCGCGACGCAACACGAGAAAGAUGGUAACGGCGCGUACAUCAGCGAGCAGAGCGUUAAGAGUCCUUCUCCUUUCGUGCUCUCACCAGCCGGACGAAGCGCGCAAACCAAGAUCUGGAACGAGACUAUCCAACUUCUCCAGGACGAAGUGCCCGGCGUCGACCUUCUUGCGAACCUCUAG